AGGGAAUCGGCGACAAGCAAGUUCAGGGGAGCCGUAAAGGGAGGAAAGGCCGUAAACAACCAAGUGAAAAUAAUUGAUAACAACCUGCGACGUAACUAGAACGGAAUUUUCCACCGUUGGCGGCCUGUUUCAAUGUCAAUUCUAGUCAGAAUCAUACGACGCAGCAUUGUCACCACCCACCAGCAACAACUGCGCAGGAUGUCCGGCCAAGAACGGAAGGGUCAAAGUGCGACCAUUGCCGUAGGCCAAAUGCGAUCCACCAGCGACAAAGCGGCAAAUCUCUGCCAGGUGAAGGAGCUGGUGUCGAGGGCCAAGUUGAAGAACGCAUGCAUGCUCUUCCUGCCCGAGUGCUGUGACUUUGUGGGCGAGAACCGCGCCCAAACUCUCGAGUUGUCAGAGAAACUAGAUGGCGAGCUGAUGAAGCAGUACCGCGAUCUUGCCAGGAGCAACGGGAUCUGGCUGUCCCUGGGCGGCGUGCACGAGCUGAACGACCAGGGAAAGAUCUACAAUGCGCACGUUCUGGUCAACGAGCAGGGGGAGCUGGCCGCGGUCUACAGGAAGAUCCACCUGUUCGAUGCCACAACCAAGGAGAUAAGCCUGCGGGAGUCAAACACCGUGACGCCGGGCGAGCGCCUGGAGCGACCAGUGAGUACGCCCACAGGCCAGGUUGGGCUCCAGAUCUGCUACGACCUUCGGUUUGCCGAGCCAGCGGUUCUGCUAAGGAAACUGGGUGCCCAGUUGCUCACAUACCCGGCCGCCUUCACCUACGCCACGGGCAAGGCGCACUGGGAGAUCCUGCUGCGGGCGAGGGCGAUUGAAACGCAGUGCUUCGUAGUAGCUGCCGCCCAGCAGGGUUGGCACAACGAGAAGCGGCAGAGUUGGGGCCACAGCAUGAUAGUCAGUCCCUGGGGAAAGGUGCUGGCCGAUUGCGGCGGCGAGCAGGAGCUGGAUAUCGGCACAGCAGAUGUAGAUGUGUCAACACUGAAGGCCCUGUAUCAGAGCAUGCCCAGCUUUGAGCACCGGCGACACGAUCUCUACAGCCUAACGGCCUACAACGUUCGCAGCAACGAGCCUGCGCACGACCGGGCUUUUGCCAACAACAUAGUGGACAAACGCACUAUUUUCUACGAGUCCGAGCAUUGCUUUGCCUUUACCAACCUACGCUGCGUGGUCAAAGGUCAUGUUCUGGUCUCAACCAAGCGAGUAACUCCGCGGCUCUGCGGUCUCGACUGCGCCGAGAUGGCGGAUAUGUUUGCGACGGUAUGCAUGGUGCAGCGGCUGCUGGAGAGGAUUUACCAGACCACUUCCGCCACUGUAACGGUGCAGGACGGAGCCCAGGCUGGGCAAACCGUGCCCCACGUUCACUUCCACGUUAUGCCGCGCCGCAUCGGAGACUUUGGCCACAAUGAUCAGAUAUACGUGAAACUGGACGAAUGCGCCGAGGAAAAACCACCCCGCACAAUCCAGGAGAGGAUCGAGGAGGCGCAAGUGUACCGAAAGUUCCUGCUGGACAGUAGCUAACUUCUAGUUUCGGCCCUUCCAUCUGCCAUUUGAUUAUUACAACAAUAAAGGCCCGUCGAUCGCCCAAGACUGAAACAGA